UCAGCCUCUUUUAUUUUUUUCCUCUCACACAGACACACAAAGUCACAAACACACACACACACACACAAGUUCUCUUUCUACUUCCUCAGUUUAUUAUCUGUCUUUUCCAUUCCCCUAUCUGUUUUCUCUCUCUCUCUCUCUCUCUCUCUCUCUCUCUCUCUCUCUCUCUCUCUCUCUCUCUCUCUCUUUAACUCUGUGUUUUUUCUCUGCAACGAAACCUCAGAAUUACCCACCGUUUUCUUGUCAAUUUCCCUCUGAAAUUCCCAGAACCUUACUCGGCAAUGCGUGAUCUUUCACCCAAAAGCAAUUUUGAGCUCUGAUACCCAAGCUUUCAUUGAAUAUUGAAUUCGCUUAAAUAGAAAAAAUUAAUUUUUUUUUUAUUUGGGUUCGGAAAUGCUUGAAGCUGUGGAGAGUUCUGUCAAUGGCGGUUUCUCGCAGUUGCAGAGCUGUGGUGAUAGCAGCGAGGAAGAGCUCUCUGUACUCCCUCGUCAUACCAAAGUGGUAGUGACGGGGAAUAACAGGACUAAGUCCGUUCUUGUGGGUCUACAAGGUGUGGUCAAGAAGGCUGUAGGUUUAGGCGGAUGGCAUUGGCUGGUUCUUACUAAUGGCAUAGAAGUAAAGCUUCAAAGGAAUGCCCUUAGUGUCAUUGAAGCUCCCACUGGUAACGAGGAAGAUGAUGAUCUUGAUUUCGAUAGCAUUCCCUGGCACGGAUCAGAUUUGACAUCCGAUGACACUCAAAAGUCCCAUAGAUCAAGACAUAGAGUGCAUAAGUCAUCAGGGUCAUCUCACAAGACUAUGUGCAGAUCUCUGUCCUGUGACUCUCAAUCGAAGGGCUCUAUCAUUACUUCUCGUGGGCCCAUGAUACCUCCUGCACAGAAAGUUGAUCUCAGUAAACUGGAAAUGGCUGCUUUGUGGAGAUAUUUGCGACAUUUUAAUCUUGUUGAUGCUAUUCCCAACCCAUCAAAGGAGCAACUAGUAGAUGUUGUGCAGAGGCAUUUCAUGUCACAGCAAAUCGACGAGUUGCAGGUGAUUGUGGGGUUUGUUCAGGCUGCAAAACGACUGAAGACAGUUUGCAAAUGAGGUUUGAAGAGAGAGGGAGAGAGAGAAUAUCGGAGUUUGGUUGCCGAUGCUAACAAAUACUUGAUCCAAAUGGCCAGUCCCCUGUAGUAAUAUCUGUAACAUAUCUAUCCAGGCUUGUUUAUGUUUAUGGUGUCGAUUAGUAGAUUGGCAUUAGUUAACUCCUUUUGAAAUAUAGAGGAUCUUACUUUUUGGUAGUGUAGUUAUGUAGAUAUUUGUAAACUUGUGACCAAAACAGACUUCUAAGAACCUGUGCUUCUUCCUAAAGCUUGGUUUUAAUGUAUUGCUGACAUGGGGAAGUAGGCUUUUUCCAAAAAAAAAAAAACAUGUAUAUAUCCUUUAGUUAUCAGCUUA